AUGGCCGACCCGCACCCAGACUCCCAAGAAGCCUCAUCCUCCGAGACAGCAGCAGCAACAGCAGCAGCAGCAGCAGCAGCAACAGCAGGAUCCGGCAAGGACGCGCUAUGGUUCUCGACGUCAAGUACCCUGGGGAGUUCCUGGGGCCCCCAGGGGCCCUAUGAGGGCCCCCCGAGCAGCAGCUUCGCCCCCUGUUCAGCAGCAGCAGCAGCAGCAUCCGGGCCUAACGGACCAGUCUGGUGA